GUAUCAAUAUAAGGAACAACAAUGGACAAUGACUUAUCCAUCCUUAUUUAAAAUAUUUCAAUGUCUCCUUUACUAUUAUAUUUGAGUACGUUGUUAAAAGUAACAUAUAACUUUCUCCUAAUUUAUCUUAAAACCUAUAAAAAGAGAAAAGCAAUUGGCCUUGGCUCGAAACUAUUGUAUGUUAAACAAAUUUAACAGAUUUUAAAAUGUUUCAUAAAAUUUUCCUUUGUCAUUACGAAUAAUACUCUUUAAAAAAGGUCAAAUCAUAAAUCAUAUAUUAUAGAAAUUCGAAAUACCUGACGAAAUUUGUCUAUAUAUAUAGUCGAAGUAUUAGUAAGAAAUAAGUUAGUUCACGAUGAGUUUCCACGGCAUGAAAACGAUGUUCCAUAUCGUGCUCGUUCUGACAAUAUUUCGGGAGUGUUACAGUUAUAUCAAUAUAGUGAGAGUUCAUGGAAAUAUUUCGACGUAUUACGGAAGUAAUAAUCAUGGAAUUGCGAAAGGAAAAAUCACGGAGUUUACGGAUAAAAAUAUUUCAAACGAAGAUACAAGAAUAACAGGCGGAGAAUACGCAACCGAAAGACAAUUUCCUUUCAUCAGUGUCGUACACCGACUCGUUGGUAAUGGAGUGAUCUCUCAAUGUGGCGGAAGUAUCCUAUCGAAACGAUGGGUAUUAACAGCAGGCCACUGUAUCGCAAAGUCGCCUCACAAAUUUUUUCUCGUUUUUGGUAUUAUCGACAAGUCUGGUAUCAGUUACGAUGAAAACUUUGGUCCUGGAAUUUCGAUGAUUACAACACGAGCGUACCUUCAUCCAAGAUAUAUAGAAGCUAUCAAUGACAUUGGAUUAUUAUACAUGCCUAAAGAUAUUCCUUUUACAAACUCGAUUCAACCUAUUUCACUUGCUGGUUAUAAUGAUCUAUACAAGAGUUACGAACAUGCAACAGCAAUCGUUAUCGGAUGGGGUAAAGAGAGAGCCACUGGUUCCACUACUCAAGCUUUGAAAUAUGCUCGACUGUCGGUAAUUACUAACAGAGAAUGUAGAUUACAUUGGCAAAUAGACCAGAGAAAUAUUUGUACAGCGUUUGGUUCUGGUCAACACGCUUGCCAAGGUGAUAGUGGUGGUCCUCUUAUCGUGCAAACUACGAAUAAACAAUAUAUUCAAAUUGGGAUUGUAAGUUAUGGCGAUGCUAAUUGUCCCAGUAAUAAACCUGGUGUAUACACAAGAGUAGCUGCAUUCAGUACGUGGAUCAAUUUUAUCACUAGAAUACGAUAUUAAAUUGCUUAUAUUAUUAUAUACAGGUACAUAUAUACAUAUAUACCAAAAUAAUUUGUAUUAGACAAAAAUAUUGCAAAUAUAUAAAAUAUUCAAUUAUAUA